CCGCUGGCAGCUCUGUUAACGUGUCCAGCGAGCGAGCUGUGUCGCAAAAAGUCGUGGCGGAACUUCGCGGCGCUUUUCAGACAAUACACUUUACGGAACUAGGCAUUGCCGAGCUGGGAGAUGUCGGCGGCGGGUUGGGCGGAACCCUGGGGUCCUCCCGGCGGCUUUGCGAAGCGGGUCCUGGUGACCGGCGGUGCUGGUUUCAUCGCAUCACAUAUGGUUGUCUCUUUAGUGGAAGAUUAUCCAAAUUACAUGAUCAUAAAUCUAGACAAGCUGGAUUACUGUGCAAGCUUGAAGAAUCUUGAAACCAUUUCUAACAAACAGAACUACAAAUUUAUACAGGGUGACAUAUGUGAUUCUCACUUUGUGAAACAGCUUUUUGAAACAGAGAAAAUAGAUAUAGUACUACAUUUUGCUGCGCAAACACAUGUAGAUCUUUCAUUUGUACGUGCCUUUGAGUUUACCUAUGUUAAUGUUUAUGGCACUCACGUUUUGGUAAGUGCUGCUCAUGAAGCCAGAGUGGAGAAAUUUAUUUAUGUCAGCACAGAUGAAGUAUAUGGUGGCAGCCUUGAUAAGGAAUUUGAUGAAUCUUCACCCAAACAACCUACAAAUCCUUACGCAUCAUCUAAAGCAGCUGCUGAAUGUUUUGUACAGUCUUACUGGGAACGAUAUAAGUUUCCAGUUGUUAUCACAAGAAGCAGUAAUGUUUAUGGACCACAUCAAUAUCCAGAAAAGGUUAUUCCAAAAUUUAUAUCUUUGCUACAGCACAACAGGAAAUGUUGCAUUCAUGGAUCAGGGCUUCAAACAAGAAACUUCCUUUAUGCUACUGAUGUUGUGGAAGCAUUUCUCACUGUCCUCAAAAAAGGGAAACCAGGUGAAAUUUAUAACAUCGGAACCAAUUUUGAAAUGUCGGUUGUCCAGCUUGCCAAAGAACUAAUACAACUGAUCAAAGAGACCAAUUCAGAGUCUGAAAUGGAAAAUUGGGUUGAUUAUGUUAAUGAUAGACCUACCAAUGACAUGAGAUAUCCAAUGAAGUCAGAAAAAAUACAUGGGUUAGGAUGGAGACCUAAAGUGCCUUGGAAAGAAGGAAUAAAGAAAACAAGUUUUAUCUCCCACCUUCUGGGGUGAAUGUGAAUUACCAAAGCCAUCAGGGUGCUAGCCACCUUUGCUAAUUCUGCCUGAUCAGCAUGAUGUCAUCAGUGUGAUAGAUCAGUGUGACAUUGUGCAGGAUGUUCAGGAGACCCAAGUCUCUGAGGAAAGCAGAACUUCCAUAGCCCUAAGGUGAAACUGCAAAUGCAGCUGGCUUCUGAUUGUCUGUGGUUGAGAUGGAAAAGAACAUGUUCAGCAGAUCAGUGGCUGGAUACUGUGUUCCAGGGGCCUUCUCAUCUGCUUCAGCAAAGAAGAUGCCACAUGAGCACAGCAGCUACCAUUAGAGCCUGGUAUAAGUUUGGAUAUUUGUCCCCACCCAAAUCUCAUGUUGAAUUAUAAUCCCUAGUGCUAGAGGUGGGGCCUGGUGGGAGGUGUUUGGGUCACGGGUCAGAAUCCCUCAUGGGUUGACACUGUCUUUGCAAUAGGAAGUCCUUGUGAGAUCUGGUUGUUUAAAAGUGUGUGAUACCUACCCUGCCUCCCCAUUGCCUCUCUUUCUUGCUCCUGCAUUCACUGUGUAAUGUGCCUGCUCCUAGUUUGCCUUCUGUGAUGGGUAAAACCUCCCAAAGCCCUCCCCAGAAGCCAAGGGACAUCAGUGCUAUGAUUGUACAGCCUGCAGAACCAUGAGCCAAUUAAACCUCUUUUCUUGUAAAUUACC